AUGGAACAUGUAACUUUGACAUGCGAGAUCGUGAAGGUACGUAUGGCAAAAGGGGAGACGACCGUUUUGGUGCCCGGUUGCCCGCUGCACCAGGAGCAAUGGCAACAACAUCGAGUCAGAUGCCUCCAGUAUCCAAAAUAUUCAAGAUGGUCAAACAGAAUCGUAUUGGAGGGAGCUACACCCGAUUUAGCUACAGGAGCAGAGACCAGCAAUAUUGAUGAAGCAUUUUGUCAAAAUGCUCGACCUUACACCUCAAUGCUGCCACUUGACUAUAAAGAUUACUACUCCGACUACGGCCAUUCGGAUAAUUUGUCAACAUACAGUGACACACCACCAGUGACAAUUAGCGCUGUUCAACACAAGCUUCAACAACAGCGCAAAAUCUCGCUUAUGAUGGCAAUGACAACUGCAUCUGUGAUAGCAUCUGGCGAAACAAGAAUAGCUGUUCAUAUGCAAAAGCAGCAGCAACAUUCACAGCAACGUGUCAAUAAUUAUUCUUCGACAGACUUUAAUAAUCAAAUUGGUUACAGAUCCACUGCUUCAACAACAGAUGUUUUUUCUAUCGGAAUGAAAGAACCCGACCUAGUAGAUGCACCAACUACUCAUACAACUCCAACUGCAACUACAACUCGAAAAUUGCCAAAACGACUCCCGUCGCCUCAGUACAAGACAUUACUAAAUACUUCUAGCCUUUCUGUUACUGAAAAUUCAUCGUUACAAGUUCCACUACCUGAGUUCACAGAUGCCUUAAGUUUGCCACAGUCAGAGACAAAAAUUAUCGCCCAAAGCAGUUGCCCAAGUUGCCAAUAUCAAAGGCUAAUAUCACAGUAGGGAAUGCAAACACAGAUCUUAUCAAUUCAUAUAUUACUAAUCAUAGACCAAUUUAUCACCAUAAUUCGAUAGUUUUGCCAUCCGAAAAUGCAUCGCCAAUUUCAUCAGAUCAUGUAAUCUUCAGUGCUACCAAUACUCUUGAAUCAAAAUCUUUAAUAAGCUCAAAUGCAGAUUGUACCGAGAAUAAAAAUGCCAAAAUAACAUCGAUACUCAAAACGAGUUAGUCAGCAAAACCGUUAAUACAUCUGAAAAAUUAAAGAUUCUUCAUCUCUCCUAUUAUUAGAUUCAAAUGAGGUUGUUAAAUAUGAGGACGAUAAGAAUUCGAUUGCUUCGACAUCUCCUAAAAAAUCAUCGAUAGAACUAGAUUCAAGAUCACUUAGCCUAGGAUUGCCAA